UGCAUUAAAGUCCCUCAAAUCUCCAUUAGAGAAAAUAAAAAUAAAAAACCAGCUAAAAUUCCGCCAUUUUCGACCCUUCCCAAUUUCCUUCUCAAGAAAUUCCGACCAAAUCCUCCUCCUCGAGAAAGCUGCAGAGAUCGGCGAAGGGAUGUCUCGAUCUCGAAGCUCCAUAUCUCUGCAAUUCCUCUCUUUCCUUCUCUCCCUCUCUCUCCAUUCUCUUUCAGUGUUAGCAGGUGAUCAUUCAAGUGCUAAAGAUGGUAAAACUAAAAAGCCCGAUGCUCCGAAGAGUCCAUCAACAGGGAUCAAGAUGCUAAUCAUAUGUCUAGGUGUGGUGACUUUCAUUGCGUUUUCUGUGAUUCUAUUCAAAUUAUGGCAAAAGAAGAAGAGAGAAGAACAACAUGCCCGUCUUCUCAAGCUGUUUGAAGAUGACGAUGAACUCGAAGUCGAACUUGGCCUUCGGGAUUGAGCUCUCUGAUCCUCAUCCUCCAUAUCCAACCAAUUAAGAGGAGGUGCACAUUGCGGAUUCCAUUGCCUUUUGUUUAAUGAUAUGUACAAGCUUUUUGAUCUUAUCCUGAUUUUGUUUUUUGUUCGUAAAAUCAUAGCAAAUUAUUUGUUGUCAAUUAGUUUUGAAUAAUGUUAUUGCUCCUUCAAUCAUUCAUCUAUACAUGUGUAUGAUCUCUGAGGCAUGUUUCAAAUAUAAAUCAUUGUUUAGACAAUUGUUCAUAUUAGAAAAUACAUGGAGAUUGAAUA